AUGCGGAGGUUCAGAUUCAUCAUCAAUCUGAAGAAUCAGUUUGAUAGCCUCCAAGUGGGUUACACAGUAGUGAAGAAGAUCUCUGGUGAGUGUGAGACACCCAGCAGCCAUCCUCGUGUGUCAGGCGGACUAAGCAGGACCCACAGCCCCAUCACAGUGCCUCCACCUCACUCACUAAUACAUGAGAGACACAGUGACCAGAAGAUCCUGGAACUCACCAACAAGAUCAUUCAGCUGCUGACUGGAGAGGAGGAGGAGUAUAUAGAGGAACACAGGGGUCUGUACAAGGACGUGAUGAUGGAGAAUCACCGGCCCCUCACAUCACUGGAUGGGCCCAGUAACAGAGAUACCCCAGAGAGAUGUCCCUGUCCUCUGUAUUCCCAGGAUUGUACAGAGGAGAAUCACAGGAUCCCACAGGAGGAUCAGGUAGAACGUCUGUCUGAUAUUAAGGCAGAAGAUAUAGAUGAAGAAGAAGAGAUGUAUGUGACGGAUAUAAAGGCAGAAGAUAUAGAGGAAGAAGAAGAGACGUAUGUGACUGAAAUAAAGGCAGAAGAUAUAGAUGAAGAAGAAGAGAUGUAUGUGACGGAUAUAAAGGCAGAAGAUAUAGAGGAAGAAGAAGAGACGUAUGUGACUGAAAUAAAGGCAGAAGAUAUAGAGGGAGAAGAAGAGAUGUAUGUGACUGAUAUAAAGGCAGAAGAUAUAGAGGAAGAAGAAGAGACGUAUGUGACUGAAAUAAAGGCAGAAGAUAUAGAGGGAGAAGAAGAGACGUAUGUGACUGAUAUAAAGGCAGAAGAUAUAGCGGGAGAAGAAGACAUGUAUGUGUCUGAUAUAAAGGCAGAAGAUAUAGAGGGAGAAGAAGAGACGUAUGUGACUGAUAUAAAGGCAGAAGAUAUAGCGGGAGAAGAAGACACGUAUGUGUCUGAUAUAAAGGCAGAAGAUAUAGAUGGAGAAGAAGAGACGUAUGUGACUGAUAUGAAGGCAGAAGAUAUAGCGGGAGAAGAAGAGACGUAUGUGACUGAUAUGAAGGGAGAAGAAGAGACGUAUGUGAGGGGUGAUCAGCAGUGUAAGGAGGAGGAGAUGCCUACAGAUAUCAGCACAGAUGGACACACAAGCAGGAAUAUCUCAGAAGGACAUCUAAUGUUAUCCCCGGAUUGUGACAUAAAAGAUGACAGUAGACCGGGUUCUCCAGGAGAUAACCCCAUUACCCCAAUUAUACAUCCAGCUCUAUCAGCUGAUCCCUCUGAUCCUGGGAAAUGUUCUCCUGAUCACUCUGAUAUUGGUGCAUCUGUUACAGCUCUGACAGUAGAUACAGUGUUUCAGUGUUCUGUAGAUGCCAAAUGUUUUACGAAGAACACAAAGCCUAAUAACCCAUACACAGGUAAGGCAGGUGAGAGGCCACUGAUAUGUUCUGAGUGUGGGAAAUGUUUUACAUACAAAUCACAACUUGUUAUACAUCAGAGAAGUCACACAGGUGAGAAGCCAUUUUCUUGCUCUGAGUGUGGGAAAUCUUAUUUAACUAAAUCACAUCUUGUUAUACAUAACAGAAGUCACACAGGUGAGAAACCAUUUCCAUGUUCUGAGUGUGGGAAAUGUUUUGCACACAAAUCGCAACUUGCUACCCAUCAGCAAAGUCACACAGGUGAGAAGGCAUUUCCAUGUUCUGAGUGCGGGAAAUGUUUUGCACACAAAUCAGUUCUUGUUAAACAUCAGAGAAGUCACACAGGUGAGAAGCCAUUUUCUUGCUCUGAGUGUGGGAAAUGUUUUACACAGAAAUCACAUCUUGUUAUACAUCAGAGAAGUCACACAGGUGAGAAGCCAUUUUCUUGCUCUGAGUGUGGGAAAUCUUAUUUAACUAAAUCACAUCUUGUUAUACAUAACAGAAGUCACACAGGUGAGAAACCAUUUCCAUGUUCUGAGUGUGGGAAAUGUUUUGCACACAAAUCGCAACUUGCUACCCAUCAGCAAAGUCACACAGGUGAGAAGGCAUUUCCAUGUUCUGAGUGCGGGAAAUGUUUUGCACACAAAUCAGUUCUUGUUAAACAUCAGAGAAGUCACACAGGUGAGAAGCCAUUUUCUUGCUCUGAGUGUGGGAAAUGUUUUACACAGAAAUCACAUCUUGUUAUACAUCAGAGAAGUCACACAGGUGAGAAGCCAUUUCCAUGUUCUGAGUGUGGGAAAUGUUUUGCACUUAAAUCAUAUCUUGUUAAACAUCAUAGAAGUCACACAGGUGAGAAGCCAUUUUCUUGCUCUGAGUGCGGGAAAAGUUUUACCUGGAAAUCCAAACUUGUUAUACAUCAGAGAAGUCACACAGGUGAGAAGCCAUUUCCAUGUUCUGAGUGUGGGAAAUGUUGUGUAAGUAAAUCACAACUUGUUAGACAUCUGCGCAGUCACACAGGUGAGAAACCUUUUCCAUGUUCUGAGUGUGGGAAAUGUUUUGCAUGUAAAUCAGAUCUUGUUAUACAUCAGAGAAGUCACACAGGUGAGAAGCCAUUUCCAUGUUCUGAGUGUGGUAAAUGUUUUGCACUUAAAUCAUAUCUUGUUAGACAUAACAGAAGUCACACAGGUGAGAAGCCAUUUUCUUGCGCUGAGUGCGGGAAAUGUUUUACACAAGAAUCAAAUCUUCUUAGACAUCAGCAAAGUCACACAGGUGAGAAACCAUUUCUAUACUCUGAGAAAUAAUUCCGCUCUUGUUGCACACAUUAGACAUCACUCAGGUGAGGAACCAUUUUAAUCUUCUGGAGUAUACUUAUCAUUGCCAUGCGUUGUUCUUCAUGGUUCUUAUCCUAUCUCCUAUGCUUUUUGCAAUAUACAUGUUACCACUGGGUGAAAUAAUCAGAUGUCAUGCCAUCAUCUACCACUGCUAUGCAGAUGACCUGUCUUUGCUCUAGGUACUGAGAACCCAGUACCAAUCCUAAAUGGUUGUCUAGCUGAGCUCCAGGUGUGGGUGAUGCCAGUUGGCUGUGAUUCAGUCCUGGUGAAACAGGUCUUUAAGCUCACCAACAAAGGGCAGGGCUACAGUUCAGCUUUGCUACCAACCAGGCUUACGCUUGGGGGUUCAGAGUUACAAAAUGCUGAUCAUGUGCGGAAUCUUGGUGUCCUAGGUGGUGGAGUGACACUUAGAUAUCGGUAUCUGCCACAAUUAGAUCCUCAUUUGAGGAACAUAGCCAGACUCCAGCACUUUAUUCCCUCAGAAAAUCUACCUACAGCAGGGGUGGGCAAUUAUUUCAGCUGGGGGGCCGCUUAACACUUCCAGCGAAUAUUCGAGGGCCACACACAAAAUACUCAAAAAGAGUCCCCUUUUUACACAUUACAGCAGACAUCGUCCCCCUUUUUACACAUUACAGCAGACAGCGCCCCCAUUUUUACACAUUACGGCAGACAUCGUCCUCUUUUUACACAUUACAGCAGACAGCGCCCCCGUUUUUACACAUUACGGCAGACAUUGUCCCCCUUUUUACACAUUAUGGCAGACUGCGUCCCCUUUUUACACAUUACGGCAGACAUCGUCCCCCUUUUUACACAUUACAGCAGACAGAUCCCCCGUUUUACACAUUACGGCAGACAUCGUCCCCUUUUUACACAUUAUGGCAGACAUCGUCCCCUUUUUACACAUUACAGCAGACAGCGCCCCCGUUUUUACACAUUACGGCAGACAUUGUCCCCCUUUUUACACAUUACAGCAGACAGCGCCCCCGGGUACUAAUGGUUCCCUGAAGGAGGUCUAUUAUUGGGAUCCCGGUGCCCUCUGGAGGGGACUUUACUUCUAAUCAACGGUUGUGCUGCCCGUGUCCAGUGUA